AUGUGUGCAAAAUACUGCAACGCAAACGUGCAAGGAGAAAGCCUUUACAGAGCAGCAAGAAACUCCGAGCCUGCAGAAGUCAUCGGCCAGGCAGCCUGCGAGUCGAACGUGUGCAAGGAGAAAGCCUCUACAAAGCAGGAGGAAGCUCCGAGCCUGCAGGUCAUCGACCAGGCAGCCUGCGAGUCAAACGUGUGCAAGGAGAAAGCCUCUACAAAGCAGGAAGAAGCUCCGAGCCUGCAGGUCAUCGACCAGGCAGCCUGCGAGUCAAACGUGUGCAAGGAGAAAGCCUCUACAAAGCAGGAAGAAGCUCCGAGCCUGCAGGUCAUCGGCCAGGCAGCGGCGCGUUGCGCCGUCGCAAGACAGCGUACGCACACAGAUGUCGAGAUAGAGCUUGGCGACUAUGAUCGUGUCCAGCAGAGGUGGGCCGACAUGACCUCAAAGCUCCUACGCCAUGACGACGAGGUGCUGGAUGGCCACGCGCCACUGAUGCCUCAUUGGCACGUUCUCCGCCUCCACAGCACCUGGCAAAUCUCUCUGGAGGAGACUAUGCGCUUUGGCCGGAAGAGGCUCAUGGAAGAGAUGGAGCUGGAAGCUGGGCAUCAUCGGACUGGAAGUCGCACCACACUGCGCUUUAACGACACCUUCAUUGAUGAGCGGUCCUGCCUUCGACACUUCGUGGUGGGACCUCGCAGUAAGAUCCAAUUCUGCUGGGCAUGUCUGGCAACGAUUCUCAUCGUCUGGGACAUCAUGACGCUUCCGCUGGAACUGUUUCCUAUUCACGACUUCGUGCGAAUUGUGGACGCCAUGGCAGUUGCCUCCUGGAUCUUCUGGCUUAUCGACAUCCCCUUGCAUCUCUUCUUCGGCGUGCAGGUGGCCGGCACAAACGAGCUGAGGCCUCCGGUGCUUUGGUCCUUAUACCUCCGCUCCUGGUUUGUAGUCGACUUCCUCGUCGUUGCCAUUGAUGCAACCGUUAUCGCGCUGGAUGGGCUCCAGGCCGGCAGCGUGUCCAGCCCGAUGUUCCGCUCCGCCCGUCUCAUCCGGGCGCUCCGGAUGGUCCGCCUCGUGCGCCUCAUCCGCGUUGCGCGGCUGGAGCGGACGUUGACUCUGCUUGCGAAUCGAUUCUUGUCCACCUACUCUUUCAUGGUGAUGAAGGUUAUGGGCUAUCUCCUUCUUCUCCUGGCCGUCAACCAUGUAACAGCGUGCUGCUGGUAUGGUAUUGGCGUCUGGAGCGGGGAUCGCAACUGGAUGCAGCGGCUGGAGAUCGAGGAGGCCAGUUUCCUGGACUCCUACGUGAGCGCUAUGCACUGGGCCCUGACGCAGUUCACGCCUUCCACCAACAACAUUGCACCAGACAAUCCCUGGGAGCGCUUCUUCGCGAUUUGGGUGAUUCUCCUGGCGAUGGGUGUGUUCUCCUCCUUCAUCGCCUCCAUCAGCUCGACGGUGAAUUCCAUGCGACUGGCACGGGCAGAGGAGAUCAAGCAAAAGGCCGAUUUGAGGCAGUUCUUCAUGGAUCGAAACCUCUCCGUCGAGCUCUUUGGCAAAGUGCAGGCGGUGUUGGCCAAGGAAGGACUCUUUGAGGUUCGAAAGCUCGAGAAUCAGGUUCAGCUGGUGAAGACCAUACCAGAGAGAUUCAAGGUGCAACUUCACCGGGAGAUGUACAUGAACUCCCUGACCAAGCUGGGUAUUUGGCCGAAGUGGGGGCACCAGGAGGACGCGCAGUUUCUCCUCACCGUGUGCCACCACGGGAUGAAGGAGCACGUCUCCAUGCUGGGGCAAGAUGUGUUCAUGCCCGGUCGUGACUGCCGAGAGGUUUACAUCAUCGAUAGCGGCUCUUUGGAGUACUCGGCCAGCGGACAGAUGCCCUUUGAGUGCACAGCUUCGGCAGCCGACUCUGUCUUGUGCCUGCCGGCCCUCUGGGCUGAGUGGACGCAUCGCGGACGUCUCACGGCGAACUGUGGCCUCUGUUACUACAACGGCAUCGACUGCGAACAGUUCUGCUCCCUUGCUAUCAACUUCGGGGGCGUUCUCUGCCACUACCUCAAGAUUCUUGGAAUCCUCCUGGUCGGAGCUAUCGAAUCCCUGGAUGAAGAGGCCAUCCAUGUGACUGACGUGUCAGUCCAGACCCACGUUCCCCUCGGCGGUAUCGUUCACCGAGCUACGCAGUUUGCCUCGAUUCAAACCACGGUGCCAAUGUCCCAGGUCAUAACUCUCCGCAAAGUGGAGAAGGAAAGUGAGGAUCUUCGCCAUUUUGCCGUGUGUGAAGAUAAAAAGGACGCAGAGCUGCGCGCAAGACGCGAGGCAGCUCUGAAAGUGCUGCAGGAGCGAGAAGAAGAGCGGCAGAAAAAGAAGCAGGAGUUCAAGCAGGAGAUGCUAAAGCAGGGCGAGCACGCGCAGUGGAGAUUAGAUUCGCAGAACCGAGAGACCAUUGAGAAGUGGGAGAAAGAGGAGAAGGACAGGUGGGAAGAAGAGGUUUUCCGGUCCUUCGAUGAGGAGACUGGAGCGCUUCUGCCAGAGUCGGAGCCGACCAUCGAGGACAUCACAGAGCAGGAUGAACGCUCUGCAGACAGCAGAGAGGCUCCUGCUCCGGCUCCGCCAGUGGCUGCCAAGGCCAAGAAGUCCGCCAAGGCAGCGCCGGCGGAGGAGGAUCUUUCAGAGGAGGAGCCUCCGAAAGAACCUGAGCCGAUCGUCAAGGCGGAAGAGCUUCAACGAUGGCACGACGAGGAGGAGACGGAGGAGUACAUACCCCAGGUGCGCGACAACCCCGGGAAGAUCGGCAUUCGCUUCACUGCUCGGCCGCGACCAGGCGUGCCAGUGCGUGACCGUGGGCGCAAAGCGCCGCCAUUUCCCAAGGAUGCGCCGAAGAGCGAUGCUCCGCCUAUGAUCGCUGGUGAUGAGGAGGACGAGAGUGACCCAGUCUGGCUGAAGGACAAGGGGGACAAGCUCAUGACCCUCGGAGACUACCAGGGCGCCUACACCGCCUAUACCGAGGCCCUGAAGUUGGCCUCGAACGCGCGAUGCUUUGCGAAUCGCGCCGUGGCUGCUUUGUACCUGGGCAACUUCGAGCAGUGCUUGGAGGACUGCAACCGAUCCAUCCAGAUCUUGGACUUCAGGAACAAGGCUCGUCCGGGUGAGAUCUCGCAUACCGCCGACCCUGAGGACGAGAAGGUGAGGGCCCGGGUGGAGGUCAGAAUGGGUGUGGCAUUCCUGUGGCUGGGAGCCUUCCAGAAGGCUGAGGCUCAUUUCGAGAAGGCGCUCGGCAGCGAGGGGCUCGAAAUGGAGGAAGCCAAGCAGGUCCGCCUUGAUCUUCAACGAGUCCAGGCGGCGAAGAAAGCACUCCAAGAGAAAGAACAGGCCGACCAGACCCUUCGGGGAGCCCACGGCGAAGAGAAGGAGGUGCUCGAGAAAGCGCUUCAGCAGUACGGUGAGGCAGAUGCCACAUCCCAGCAGGAGUGCGCUGUCGUCUAUGCGAAUCGCUGCCAGGCCAAUCUGCAGCUGGGCAAGCUUCAGGAAUGCUUGGAGGAUGCCGACGCCGCCCUUCGGUCGCUGCGGCGGUGGCCUUGCGCUGGCAAGGCACCGAAGCCUCCGGCGCGACCGUCUGGGUUGGAGCCACCCUUCCUCGAUGACCCCACCUUCGUCCACCCCGACCAGCAGAAUCAGGGUGAGCGCGAGUGGCUCAUGAAGCACAAUGGCGGGUCCGUCAAGGAUCUGCCUGGGCUUCCGGAUGAGUACGAGUGGGUCAAGGACUCUGCAGAGAAGAACGAGGACGCGUGGAUUGCCGUGAAAAAGCGGAUGUCCAAGGUGACCAUUGACGCCAUCAAGCGCACGACGGCGGAGCUUCAGGAUGCUCUGUACCUUCGCAACCCUGCGCAGAUCCGGCAGCAGAUCGCUGUGGCAACGGAGCAAAACAAGGUCCGCGAAGGUCCCAGCAGCAAGGCCAUCCAGCAGGCCGAGGACUACGCGCGGAAGCUGGAGGAGCACGAGAAGGCCCAGGAAGCGCAGAGAGACCUGGAGGAGGCCAGAUGCAGAGGAGCCGGAGAUGGUCUUUCCUUGAACCCAGAUCUUCGAAUAUGUCUUUUAUGUGAGGAAUGCUUUGCAUGCCGCAAGACUGUUGACUUGGAUCUUGACCCCCGACUCCCUUGGCCUGGACAAGCCAAAGCCAUGGUGCGCUCCACUGCACUCGUUGCAUUCUCCGCGAGCUUCUUGCUCCUGGCUGGUUCCCUCAAUUUCCUCUCGGUGACCCCACCGCGCCAGCACCAGAAGUCGUUCACACCAUCUUCCGCCACGGCGCCCGAGGAUCGCAGAGUUCCCAGUGGUGUGCCGGUCGCGAUGGCGGUGUUGGCUGGCCUUGUCAUGGCUUUCACGGCACCCCGGGCUGCGUUGGCCCAACCGGGUGCACGUCCCGACUUCUCAGUUGUGAGGCCCGGGUACAUGCAGGGGAUUGAUGCUGCAAAUGCUGCGACGAAGCCAGGGGAGAUUGACUUCGUCACCCGCUCCCGCAUUGAGGCCGCCCAGUUUCCGCAGGCAAUCAAGGAGCUUCAGAAGGAGAAGGCGACUAUCGAGAAGAAUGCCCCGACCAAGGCCGAGCGCCUCGAAAGGUAUCGGCAGCAGGCGAAGGCAUACAGCGAGAGCGCGACCCUCGAGUAG